UCUGUUUCCGGUGUCAGCGGAAGUCACAAACAUCUCUGUUAGACAUCAACAGAAACAUCAACUUAGACUUAGACCUACAGACUAAAGAAUGUCACGAGAGACCUUCACUCUGCUGCGUCAGUGUCUACAUCACACAAGAUCAUCCUACAGAGGUUCUUGUCCUUUCUUGUCCCUUAACACAGUCCGGAGCUUCAGUUCAUUAAGGCAGAGUAAAAGCAGAGGCUCUUUAUGGAGGGCCGCGGUGGGCGUGUCUGUGGUGGGCGUGGCCGUGGGGGUCCCGGCGGCGGUGGGGCUGCAGUACGUCAUGUCAGGACCCAGAGACCGAAGGAAGAUGAGGAUUGUGGUGGAAGGCUUUGGGCGCUUCUGCAGAUCUCUCUCUGUUGGGAUGUGUCUGUCUGUGGAUUAUUGGUGGACCUCUCAUGUCGUUCUUCGAGGCGUAGACGAGAACAGCCCAUUUUACCUGUCCAAGAUGUCGGCGUGCCACCAGAGGGCAGCGGAGCGCAUGGUGGACGGCGCCAUAAAGAACGGCGGCAUUUACAUCAAACUGGGCCAAGGCCUGUGCUCGUUCAAUCAUCUGCUCCCCCCCGAGUACAUCCGCACUCUGCAGGUUCUGGAAGACAAAGCUCUCAACAGGAAGUACAAAGAGGUGGAUGCGCUGUUCCAGGAAGACUUUGACAGAACUCCACUACAGCUGUUUAAGAUGUUUGAUUAUGAGCCCAUCGCUGCUGCCAGUCUGGCCCAGGUCCACAGGGCACAGCUUUAUGAUGGCACACCUGUUGCUGUCAAGGUCCAGUACAUCGACCUCAGGGACCGUUUUGACGGCGACAUCCGAACGCUGGAGAUCCUUUUGGACAUAGUGGAGUUCAUGCAUCCGAGCUUCGGCUUCAGAUGGGUGCUCAAGGACCUCAAGGGCACUCUGGCCCAAGAGCUGGACUUUGAGAAUGAAGGACGAAAUUCUGAAAGAUGUGCGGAGGAGCUGAAGCAUUUUAAAUUUGUUGUUGUGCCAAAAGUGUUUUGGGAACAGACAAGUAAGAGAGUUCUGACGGCAGAGUUCUGUGACGGCUGCAAAGUGAACAACGUGGAAGCAAUCAGACGACAAGGACUCAGUUUAAAAGAUACUGCAGAUAAACUCAUCCGGACGUUUGCAGAACAGAUUUUCUACACAGGAUUCAUUCACGCCGACCCUCACCCCGGAAACGUUCUUGUUAGGAAAGGACCUGAUAAUAAAGUGGAGCUGGUGUUGCUGGACCACGGCUUGUAUGAAUUUCUAAGCCAAAGAGACAGAGAGGCCCUGUGUAAACUGUGGAGGUCCAUCGUACUGCGAGACGAGGCGGCGAUGGAGAAGUAUUCAAACGCUCUGGGGGUCAAAGAGUACUUCCUGUUCUGUGAGAUGCUGCUGCAGCGGCCCAUCGACAUGCGGCACCUGGGCCUGUCCAACAUCCUGAGCGGCGAGGAGACGGCCUACAUGCAGGACAUGGCCCUCAAACGCUUCCAGAACAUCAUGGAGAUCCUGAAGUCCAUGCCCCGGUCCAUGCUGCUCGUCUUUAGAAACAUCAACACGGUCCGAAGCAUCAACAUCAGGCUGGGGGCGCCCAUCGACCGCUACAGCGCCAUGGCCAAGAGUGCGGUGCGCGGCUGGGGGAGGAUCCAGGCUCAGACCGGUCUAAUGCCGAGGUUCUGGCUCUUCAGCUGGGCCCGGUCCGUGUGGGAGAGUCUUAAGUUUGAAGUAGCUUUGAGGUCAGAGAUGGUCCUGAUGAGUCUGACGCGCUCCGUGGUCAGUCUGCUCUCGUUCUUCGGGCUCAUAUCUCUAGACGCAGAGAUGUACGAGUACCUGAGGUAACGAGCUGCUCGGACACCUGCUGUGACGGUGCUGCUCCUCCGGGGCCUGUUUCAAGUGAACCGGAACCAGGAAAUAUAGGACUAACCCCAAAAGAUUUUAAUGUGAGGUACGAUGCACAUUAAACACUGUAACUACUUUUUAUUAAAAAUGAAUGUAACAUGUAAAUGAGCUGUGUUGAAUCAUUCUUUAGUAAUUAAUGUGAUUAAUAUUGUAAAUAUUGCAAUGAAAAGGCCACAGGACUCAAGAAAAUAAGAUACUUUUACCAUUUUAAAUACAGUGUUAUAAAACAGACCUGCACUUUGUAAAACUAUUUAAACUUAUUUAUGCUUAAUAAAAGUCUACCUCU